AGAAAGGGGCUGCCAUCUCUGGUCCAGGUCUAGAAAGAAAGAAACAGAGGAACCCCUUUCCUUUUUAAAGAGGGAGAAAGGAGAGUUCAUCGAACUGUGGAAAAGAGAGAUCGCUCUAGCGAGAGACAGAGAUGGUGAACGUCUGGAAGAAACUUGGGCAGUCAUGGAGCGACAUGGAGAAGAGAUUGAACGAUAGAAUUAACCAGAGCAGGCUGGGGAGGCGCUUCAAGAUGGAAGAGCGGAAGACCUGCUUCACCAAGGAGCUGCGCGCCGGCACCGCCACCUUCCUCACCAUGGCCUACAUCCUGGCCGUCAAUGCAACCAUCCUGUCUGACUCCGGUGGCACCUGCACCGCCGGCGACUGCUCCAUGGUCUGCAACGUCCCCACAAUAGCGGAGUCCGACUGCCACGGCCUCUACCAUUACCACCCCCGCGACGGCAACACCACCGCCUCCAUUCAGCUCCGACUAGUUCAGCCCGGUCCCGAGUGCAAGUCAGACACCCCAGCACCCAAUCCCGGCUACCAAAACUGCCUAGCCAAGACCAGGAAGGACCUGAUCGUGGCCACCGCUCUUUCUUCCGCCAUCGGCAGCCUGGCCAUGGGCGCGCUCGCCAACCUGCCGCUGGCGCUAGCGCCCGGCAUGGGGAGCAACGCCUACUUCGCUUACACCUUGGUCGGCUUCCAUGGCUCUGGUCCGCUGUCCUACCAAACCGGGCUGGCCAUAGUCUUUUUAGAAGGCGCCAUCUUCUUCGUGAUCUCUGCGCUAGGACUCAGGUCAUGGCUCGCCAGGCUCACCCCUAGGUCGGUCCGACUAGCCUGUGGAGCCGGCAUAGGACUCUUUCUCGCAUUCAUCGGCCUGCAAUCCGGUCAAGGCGUCGGCCUCGUCGGCCCCAGCCCUUCAACUCUCAUCACCCUGGCCGCUUGCCCCAAACAGUACAUCACAGAGGUUGGUGGCUUCUCACAGUGCAGCAGCCACACCAUGGAAAGCCCCACAUUUUGGCUGGGCGCCGCCGGCUUUGUACUGACAUCUUACUGCCUGAUGAAGAAUGUGAAGGGGAGUAUGAUAUAUGGGAUAGUUGUGGUCACCCUGGUGUCUUGGAUCAGGAAUACACAGGUCACCGUCUUCCCAAACACACCAGAGGGAGAUGCUUCUUACAGCUACUUCAAGAGGGUGGUGGAUUUCCACAAGAUUCAGUCCACUGCUGGUGCCUUCAGCUUCAAUGGCUUCUCCCACACGCCAGUUUGGGUCUCCCUCAUCACCCUGUUGUACAUAGACGUGCUUGCGACUACUGCAACCCUGUAUUCCAUGGCAGAGUUUGGGGGUUUCAUUGAUGAGAAUGGGAAAUUUGAAGGUCAGUACUUGGCUUUCAUGGUCGACGCCGGAUCCAUCAUGGUCGGCUCGGCCUUGGGGACCUCGCCGGUGGCCACGUUCAUCGAGUCGUCCGCGGGUAUCAGGGAAGGUGGAAGAACAGGGCUGACCGCCAUUACUGUGGCAUUUUACUUCCUUGUCUCUCUGUUUUUCACGCCUCUAUUGGCGAACAUUCCUCCAUGGGCGAUUGGCCCUUCACUGAUACUGGUUGGGGCGACGAUGAUGAAGGUGGUGAAGGAGGUCAAAUGGGAGGAUGCGAAAGAAGGGGUGCCGGCUUUCAUCACCAUGCUGCUCAUGCCUCUGUCCUAUUCCAUAACGAAUGGGCUGAUCGGAGGAAUUGGUGUGUACAUUGUGCUCCAUGCCUUUGAUUUUAUUGGUUGCGCCAGGAAUUGGUUUGCCAAAAGGAAACGCCCUGUGCUGGCUAAGGUACAGAACCAAGUAACUGCUGCCAAUGAAUCACCUGUUCUUGUUUAAUGAAUUGCUUUUUCUGUUCAAGCCUCUGUAGAUCGAUUUCUCACUUACAUUGUUGGCAGGAUACAAUCAGCUCUGUUUUGAUCUGGGUGUUAUUAAACUAAUGAAUGUAAUUUAAUUUCAUGGAA